GGUGCCGGCGCUGCGCGUAGGGCGCCCGCCGGAACCUUUGUGCCCCGGAACGGGGGACGCGGGCUCGGAGCGCGGGCGGCGGGGGCGCGGCGCAGCGCGGGCCAUGUGGGCGGCGGCAGCGGCGGCGGCGCGGGGCCUCCGUGGGGCCCGGCUCAGCUCCUGGCUGCCCCAGAGGGUCCCGCUCCGAGGGAGUCACUGGCGGAGCUCACUGCUGGAGCUGAGGACAUCCCUCCCUGUGAGAGCACAACCAAAGAAGAAAAAGAAAGUGGAUGUGAAGAAAGAGCAAGCACAGAAGGAGCGUAUGAAGAAAAAGCUUAAAAAGUUGGAAAAAGCUGCCCCAGAACUGAUUCCAAUUGAGGAUUUUAUAACACCACUGAAGUACUCUGAGAGCAACAGGGUGCGAAGCCUUCCUGCCCUUUCUCCUGAAGAGUCUGAAAGAAGAGUUUUACUGCUGAAGAAGUGGUGUUUGUUUAAGCAGAAACAAGAUGAGGCAGAGAAGAAAGGCAUCAAGGCGCUUGUGGAAUCUCAGCAGGAGGCGCUGAAGGAGCUGCGCCUGGAAAACGAGGAGCUGUACGAGGCAGCGAUCCGCAGGGACGAGGAGCUGUUCCCCUUCGAGAGGGACGGACCCCGCUACACCCCGCCCCUCCCCGGCUAUGAUCCCCCCGAGGGGAAGUGCAUCGACAUCACCAAGGUGUACACGCAGUGAGGGGGGAGCUCCUGAGCCGGCUGGAGGAAGAUUGGGAUAAUAAACAAUUGUUCCUGUGGGUUCCAACACUGCAGGAGGUGACUGUAAAAAAAUAAAUGAAGUAUCUCUGUGUUUU